UCCGUCGUGCUGAAAGCCUGAAGAACAGCCUCCCAGCACAGAGCAGAGCCAGAGCAGCGUCAGCGGCUCUACAGUCCGCAGGCUUCAGCCACUGGAGUCCCACAUCUCCGUAGUCUGUAGACUGUAGUCGUGUUGGCGGACCGACACUAAGAGUCCAUCGUCUCUGUCAAUGAGUCCAUUCAGACAGCGGACCCGGGCUGGAGUCACCGAGAGCAGCGCUCGGUGUGUGUAGUCGGUGUUCGGCGGAGCUCUCCGUGUCUCAGUCCGCCAAGAGGAAAAGUGUUGAUCCCAAGGACGUUCGCUACCCAAAUCUUGAGAAGCGUAAAACAGAGGGGGGGUGGGUAGGGGGGAAACAUGAUGAAUGCGAUCAGAGAUUAUUUCCCUCUCCUGCUUGUUUUUGGGGCGGCGGUGACGGACAUGGGCGCUAAAGCGUCUGCGUCUGAGGACGUUUUAUCUCUGACCCCGGGGGGCCCUGCGGAGAGCGGGGCGGGCCUGUACCCCACCACCCAAGACACGGGCAGGAGGCCCCCCAUUGUCACCACUGCCCCGCCUGUCAAUUUUCCCAACCACCACCCACUCUACAGAAAUCCCCCCCAGCGCCCUCACGGUCAGCCAAACUACUUUGAAGACAGUGGGUUAUCCAGCUCUCAGCCCAGCUUCCCCCCCCUGUCGUAUCCCCUGGAUCACGGUGAGAAAAGAGCUUCAGAUGAGAGUGCUGGAAGCUCCAACAUGCAGACAACCCUUGUAAAGUGUGCAUCUGCAGCCACUUCUCACUCCAACACCCCUUCUCCAGUGACCAGUAUGGGUUUAAAAGAUCCAGAAGAUGCUGCCGGCGUCCCCUCUUCUGCUGCUGCUGCUGCCAGGGAAGGAGAUGUAGAGAGGCCUGGUCAGCCUGGGCUGGAGCACAACGGAGAGGAGACCACCACCACCACCAUCACCACCACCACCACCACCACGCACAGUCCAGUUCCCUGCCAGCUGAACCUAACUGGGCCAGAAGGAUACAUAGAGGCUCCACCACAGUCCAGCUCUGCUCUUCACUCCACCAUGGACUGCAGCUACACCAUCACUGUCUAUAUGGGCUAUGGAGUAGAGGUCCAGGUGAUGAAUGUGAAUCUAUCUGAGGGAGACAAGGUGGUGUUUGAAGAUGUGGGCCACAUGGAGAACACCAUGCUGGCCAAUGAGUCCAUCCUGAUGAGGGGAUUGGUUGUACGCAGCCACAGCAAUCAGAUCUCCAUCCGCUUCCACAGCCGGAGAUCUCAGGGUGGAUCAGUCCUGCUCAGAUACCAAGCCUUUGUGUUGAGCUGUGUCUUCCCCCGGCGGCCUCUCUACGGCGAUGUAUCAGUGAGCAGUCUCCACUCCGGAGGCGAGGCUUUCUUCUCCUGUCUGAGCGGCUACAUGCUGCAGGGCUCCAGUCUGCUGACCUGCCGCAAUGCUAGCACCCCCUACUGGAGUGGCAAGGAACCACACUGCCUAGCUGCGUGUGGUGGUUUGAUCAGGAACGUCACAGUCGGUCGGAUCGUCUCUCCUGGGUUUCCCAGCAACUACAGCAACAACCUGACCUGCCACUGGCUGCUGGAGGCCCCUGAGGGCCACAGACUACAUAUCCACUUUGAGAAGGUGGCACUGGCUGAGGAUGAUGAUCGGCUGCUGAUCAAAAAUGGUAACAGCAUAGAUGCAGCUGCCCUGUAUGAUUCAUAUGAGGUGGAGUAUCUUCCCAAUGAAGGUCUACUCAGCACGUCCAGGCACCUCUUCAUUGAGCUGACUUCAGAUGCUACUGGCACAUCCACUGGAAUUGCCAUCAGGUACCAAGGCUUUGCAGCAGGCCACUGUUACGAACCCUUUGUGAAGUACGGUAACCUGACCAGUAGCGACAACACUUGGGCAGUGGGAGCUGUGGUGGAGUUUGCCUGUGACCCCGGUUAUACUCUGGAACAGGGAUCUGUCACCAUUGAAUGCAUGGACCCCAACUAUCCCCAGUGGAACGAGACCGAGCCUGCCUGCAGAGCUGUGUGUAGUGGCGAGAUCACAGACUCCGCUGGAGUGGUGCUGUCUCCUAACUGGCCUGAAGCCUAUGAUAAAGGCCAGGACUGUAUAUGGGGAAUCCAUGUUGAGGAGGACAAGAGGAUCAUGGUGGACAUUCAAGUGUUGAACAUUGGGAAGAAUGACAUGUUGACCUUUUAUGAUGGAGAUGACCUCACAGCUAAAGUACUGGGUCAGUAUGGAGGAUCAAAGUCCCGAUUUAAGCUCUACACCUCCACCGCAGACGUCACCAUCCAGUUCCAGUCAGACCCUGCCACCAAUGUCUACGGCUACGGCAACGGCUUCAUAGUCCACUUCUUCGAAGUAGCUCGUAAUGACAGCUGCCCUGAGCUUCCAGAGAUCUCUAAUGGCUGGAAGAGUACAUCUCACCCUGAGCUCGUUCAAGGCACUGUGGUGACCUACCAGUGUUACCCUGGUUAUCAGGUGGUGGGCGCAGAGCUGCUCAUGUGCCAGUGGGACCUGACCUGGAGCGGCGACCUACCAAGCUGUGAGAGAGUGGUGUCUUGCCCUGACCCUGGAAAGGUGGAUCACAGCAGACGGGUGCUGUCAGGUCCCCAUUUCACCGUGGCUUCAACCAUCCAGUACAUCUGCAACAAGGGCUUCAUUCUGUCUGGAAACAGCCUGCUCACCUGCUUCAAUCGAGGGUCCUCAGGCCCCAAGUGGAACCAGAAGCUGCCUAAAUGCCUGCCGGAGACUUUUGAGCCCUGCAGUCACCCAGGAACACCUACCUAUGGGAUCCCCAGCUCCAACAAGCUCCACUUCCAGGCUGGAGAGAACCUCUACUACUCCUGUCUGAUUGGCCAUCAGCUGCUGGGUGAGCCUGUUCUCCACUGUGUCCCUGGACACCCAUCCCACUGGAGUGGGCUGCCACCUGUCUGCAAAGCCCACCCAGCGGCGUCAGAUCAGCACAGAUUAGAUGUGUCUACUGCAUACCUAAGAAUGGAGGUGGCCCAAGUAGCAUUUGCUGUCUUCAUCCCCAUCAUCCUCCUCCUUGUCCUCGUUAUGGGGAUCUACCUCUACUUCUCAAAGGUUCAGAGGAAGCCACCACAUCUGUCCCUGUCGUCCAACCUACCAUAUGAAAACAUCACUGGAGAAUGUACGUUUGACAACUCUUAUGAGACAACGAACAAUGAGGAAACAAGAGAAUACGAGGUUUCGAUCUGAAGACGCCAGUGUAUGUUUCAGUAUGGACAGAUAAGAAGCCUGCUGGCCUUUCCAACAUCUGUCAGACUCACACCUUUGGUGACUCCCUUCACCCUGUUCUCUGUACACUGAAUAUGAGCCUCCCUUUAUUUACCCAACAGAGGACACCACACUACCCCUGGAAAGGCUGGGCCACCGGAUUAUUUUUCUAGCUCUUCAACAACAACCGUCCAACAGCAGCAGUUUGUACAGUUUUUAAUCCUGUGCUUGCAUCGUGAGGACUUCCAGUGCAAAGUACCAUCUCAGAAAGCAGGGAAUCAAUGUGAAGCUUGUGCCAUUAAAUGCAUAUAACCACAGAUGUUACAUUGUGUUAUGUACAUUAUACGCUGUAUGUCUCCUGCCACCAUUUAAAGACCAAUCCUUGGAUUUAUGGGAUGUCUAUUAAGAGUAAAAUCUUACAAUUGAAA